AUGUCUUCUGAUCAAGGAGAUGCCUCAAGUUUGGACGCCCCCUCAGUGCCGCCCUCGGAGACUCAGAGAAAAGCAAACAGAAAAGGGGGGCUGCCGGAGGCCAAGAGGAAGGGGCGAGCCAAGAGGUUGAACAAAGAUGCACAGGAUCUGGUCUCGGGCAUGCAGCAUCUGGAUCUUGCUGCAGAAUGCCUGGUACCUGUCGGAACAGGCCUGGUUUGGGAUGAGCGGAUGACAGAAUUUCACUGCUUAUGGGAUAAGAGCUUUCCAGAGUGCCCAGAGAGGUUGGUGGCCAUACGGGAGAAACUGCUGGAAUGGGAGCUGCUGGAGCGUUGCGUCCCAGUGACGGCUCGUGAAAUCACCGAGGAGGAGAUCCUUUUGGCUCACAGCCAGGAGUACCUGGCACUCAUGAAAUCCACCGAAACGAUGAGUGAAGCUGAGCUGAGGUCCCUGUCGGACAUCUACGAUUCUGUCUACCUUCACCCGAAUUCCUACCACUGUGCCUGCCUCGCUGCUGGAUCCGUCCUGCAACUUGUAGAGAAAGUGCUGACUGGGGAGCUCCGGAACGGGCUGGCAUUGGUCAGGCCGCCUGGACACCACGCCCAGCAUGACAAGAUGGAUGGCUAUUGUAUGUUCAACAGUGUGGGCAUCGCGGCCCAAUAUGCCCGGCAGAAGUCAGGAGUGGACCGGGUACUUAUUGUCGACUGGGAUGUACAUCACGGACAAGGCACCCAAUACCUCUUUGAAGACAAUCCCAGCGUCCUUUAUUUCUCUGUCCACCGCUAUGAAGAAGGCAACUUCUGGCCCCAUCUUCCAGAAUCCAACAGUGACACCGUGGGCCGAGGCCGGGGAGAGGGCUACAACAUCAACGUGCCCUGGAACCAGACAGGAAUGCGAGAUGCUGACUACCUCUCUGCCUUUUUGCAUAUCCUCCUGCCCGUCGCUUUCGAGUUCCAGCCCCAGCUGGUCCUGGUGGCUGCUGGUUUUGACUCGGUCAUCGGUGACCCCAAGGGGGAGAUGGCUGCUUCCCCAACAUGCUUUGCACACCUGACACAUCUGUUGAUGUCACUGGCUGGAGGCAAGCUGGUUCUGUCUCUGGAGGGCGGGUACAAUCUCCAGUCCUUGGCGGAGGGGGCUUGUGCCACCCUGAAGGCUCUUCUCGGAGACCCCUGCCCCCUACUGGAACCUCCUCAUGCCCCAUGUAGCAGCGGCCUCUGCUCAGUGUCCCAGACGCUCGCUGCUCACUGCAAGUACUGGAAGAGCCUCCGGAGGACCAGCCCCGACUUGCCUCAGGAAGGCGAAGCAGACGCUGGUGUCGCUCUGUCUGCAUCCAGCCCCCUGCAGGUGCCGGAAAUCCUGCCCAGACCGGUGGCUGAACCUGUGAAACCCCUGCCCCCUUUCCGCACCGGACUGGUGUACGAUGAGAGGAUGACACAGCACUACAACAUGUGGGACAGCCAGCAUCCGGAGCUGCCCCAGCGGGUCUCCAGGAUCUUCCAGCGCCACGGGGAGUUACGUCUGACCGAGCGAUGCUGCCGCCUCCUGGCCCGACUUGCCUCUGAAGAGGAGCUGCAGAUGUGCCACAGCCCGGCGUACGUGGAGGCGGUGAAGUCCACGGCCACCAUGAAGCCCCGUGACCUGCACCGCCAGGGCAAUCAGUACAACUCAAUCUACAUCUGUGCCAGCUCCUACGAGUGUGCCCGACUGGCAGCUGGUUCUGCAUUCAGUGCGGUGGAAGCAGUGCUUUCUGGGAAGGUCCAAAAUGCUGUAGCCAUCGUCCGACCCCCCGGGCACCACGCUGAAUCGGACACAGCCUGCGGCUUUUGUUUCUUCAACUCGGUGGCCUUGGCAGCCCGAUACGCCCAGCGCCUGGCUGGGCGGCCUAUGCGGGUGAUGAUACUUGACUGGGAUGUUCACCAUGGCAACGGGACUCAGCACAUGUUUGAAGAUGAUCCCAGCGUUCUGUACAUCUCCCUCCAUCGCUAUGACAAUGGAACGUUUUUCCCCACCUCUGAGGAUGCGGACUAUGACCAGGUGGGCAGCGGGCCCGGUGAGGGCUUCACCGUUAACGUGCCUUGGAACUGUCCCCGCAUGGGAGAUGCGGAAUACCUGGCUGCCUUUCACCAGAUCGUCAUGCCUGUCAGUUACGAGUUCAAUCCAGAGCUGGUCCUGGUCUCUGCUGGUUUUGACGCCGCUCGGGGAGACCCACUGGGCGGCUGCCUUGUGACACCGGAAUGCUACGCGCACAUGACUCACCUCCUCUCGGGGCUGGCUGGAGGCAGGGUGGCUCUUGUGCUGGAAGGUGGCUACAAUCUGGAGUCCAUCUCCGAGUCCAUGGCCAUGUGCACCCGGAGCCUCCUGGGGGAUCCGCCGCCCGCAGUGGGGAGACUCAAGGCCCCCCAUCCCAGCGCCCUGCAGUCUCUGGCCCGCGUGGUCGCCGUGCACCGCAAGUACUGGGCAAGCCUCCGCCUGGAAGUGCCUGUUUUUGUGCAGGAGCGGCCCAGGACCCGGGCUGGGAAGGGAACCCCUACGGGUUACACCCCUGCAGAGGGUGCCUCCGAAGAGCUUGCAAGCCCAGUGGCUCAACCCGCAGAGGCCGUGGAUGACGCCAUUGUAGCUCUGAGCUCCCUCCGCCUGGACGACAACCCUGCAGAGGCGGGUGAGACGACGCCCAGUCCCCCCUCUCCCGACUCCAGCCCGGAAAGUGGGGCUAGACAGAAGGUCAGGGCCUCUCCUGAAGGAGGACAGCUGACGGGGGACAGCCAAUCAGAAAGCAUGUCAACGGGCUCUCCUGAAGGGACUGAGCUGGCAGAGGACGGCCAAUCAGGAAGCACAUCAGCAGCCUCUUCAGAAGGGGCGGAGCUGGCAAAGGGUAGCCAGAGAGGAAGCCCAUCUACAGGAAGUUCCUCUGGGGAAGCAGAGAUAUCUGCCAAAGAGACAAAGGUGAGCCCACCUGAUUCGUCCUCUAUGUCGCUUGAGGUCAUUCUGCUCGAUGAAGCCGCAGGGGGCUGUUCUCCCUCCUGUGAGCUGCUGGGAGAAGAUCCAUCGGACGGAGGCCUGUUCUACGCCGUGACUCCCCUUCCCUGGUGCCCCCACCUCGACUCCGUGCUCCCUGUGCCUUCCGCCGGGCUGAAUGUGCUGGAGCCCUGUGCAGCAUGCGGCACCCAAGCUGAGAACUGGGUCUGUCUGAUUUGUUACAAGGUGUGCUGCGGCCGCUACAUUAAUCGCCACAUGGUUGCCCACAACUCGGAAUCUGGACACCCGCUGGUGCUCAGCUUUGAAGACCUCUCUGUCUGGUGCUACGGGUGCCAAGCCUACGUCCACCACCCAACCCUCCUUGACGCCAAGAGCCACGCUCACCGGGAGAAGUUUGGCGUGGGCCUGCCCGUAGCAGUUUGAGGGCACAGCUCCUUGGCCAGGGAGAUAGCCAAACGCGACUGCAGCACAA